AUGUCGCUUGAAGAAAAGUUUCCGGCCUAUGGUGGCCGAGGGCCUGGCGAUUUGCGCCUCGGCAUUGCGUUGGCUAUCAUUGCGACUAUUUUCAUGGGUAUGCGCGUCUAUGUGCGGUUGUUCAUGAAUAAAUUUGGAACUACUGCCUUGAUGUGGUCACUCGCUGCUUGGUUGCUUACUACUAUGACCCAAAUCUUUGGAAUCCUCUCCGUCCUCCAUGGUCUCGGAAACCAUAUCACACUCAUUAUGAAAGUUGGCGAAUUACACAACUUCCUCCUCUUCACCUGGAUUACCGUGUUCUUCUUCAAUCUCGCCAUUCCUACCGGCAAGGUGGCCGUCGCUGCGUUCCUGAUUGAAAUGAAUGGACAAAGUAACCCAAAGAUCAGGAAGAGCCUAAUUGCUGUCGCUGUUCUAAACAUCGUUCUCAAUAUCCCGCAGGUCUUGAUGGUCUGGUUCCAAUGCACCCCGGUGACUGCCCUCUGGGAUCCACUGCAGCAGGAUAAAUGCGACCACCGAAAGAGCGUAUACUAUACCUACUUUGUCGGCGCUAUCGCUGCUUUGUCGGAUAUUUACCUCGCCAUCGUCCCCAUCCACAUGCUCAUACCCCUGCGUAUCGAUCGAAAGCUCAAAUGGGGCCUCAGUUUCCUCAUGGGCUGUGGCGUUUUUGCUGGCGUGGCCGCUGUUGUCCGUACAUGGGCUGCCAAAUUUAUUCUGAGUGAAGACUCUUCUUAUGGCGUUGGCAUCCUGUUCCGCUGGGGUGAGGUUGAGGAGUGGCUUGUUCUGAUCACCAUGUCUAUUCCACCAGUGUGGCCAAUAUUCCGGCCCUUCACUCAUCGCUUUAUCAAGUCAACUAUCACGGGAAGCAAGCGGAAGAGCUACAUGUACAACUACAAGCAGCCAUACAGCACUACCGCGGUCGGUGAUCAAUCACCGGGUUUCCCUCCCCCUAGGUCGCCGGGAUUUCCUCCAAUGGUCACCACCACCAUCUCCAUCUCGUCAGCAAAGGAUGGAGGAUCGACUAUCGUGCCGUCAGAAACAGGGUCACGAGUAUCGAACGAGCGCGUACCACAUGACAUUCUACACGACAAGAGCUAUUCUACAACCUGGGUCGAGUUGUCUGAUGUCAACCCGAAGGACUCACAACACCAGCCUUGA